AUGCCCGCACUCACAGCCUCACCAAGCGCUCCAAUCUCGCAAGAUGAUGCCACGCCACCCUGUAUCAAGUCCAGGAAACGAUCAGCCGCAGCAUCCACUUCCAAAGGGCGUCCAAAGCCUUACGCGUGCACCUACGCAGGCUGCUCACUCGCUUUCCACGCUCCAGCUAGGCUAGCCGAACACGCUCGGCGACAUACUGGAGAGGUGAGUGGUGCAUCUCGUCUUGCGGUUUGGCCAGCUUCCUUCGCUCAAUGCCAUGCCAUGCCGCUCACCUUUCCUCAUCGUCUUUUGCCUUUCGCCCGUCCCCUCCCCCCCCCCGCCCACAAAAGCGACCCUUUGUAUGCGCACAUCCAGGCUGCGCAGCCUCUUUUAAUCGCACGCAUCACCUCAAUGUGCAUGCCAGGGUUCACGCGAAUGCCAGCACCUUGACCGCAAUCGAGCAAAGUGCCAGUCCUGCAAUCAAGCCCUCCCUCGCGCCAGCAGCGGCAGCGACACAGCAUGCGGGUGGGGAAAAUGAGACGGAUGGAUCUGUAGAUGCUGUGCUGGCGAGUGGGUGCCGAGACGCACUUGAUCAGCCACUGCGACGUUCUGCCGAUGCGGAUGGGCCGCAAAUUGCUGCAGCAUCUGCUCCUCAGCCGGCAGCACCCCAGAGGAGCUUCAUAUGUAGCGCUCCAAAGUGUCGCCUCGCUCUAUGGACCAAGCAGCAUCUGAAGCGGCACGAAUCGACGUGCGACAAAGUCAGAGCUCUACGAUUAGGCAAUCGAGCUGCAUCCAGCAAUGCGCAUCAGUUUGGGUGGGAUGCGACGUCGACAGAGGCCGAGAGCGAUGUUGGAAGAGACGAGCGGGUAGAUAUGCGAGCGGGCGAGGAGGCGAUUCCGGACAUGGAGCGGCAAAGCGCUAGCGACGCCUCUGCAACGCCCACACAAACUGGCGGCCAGUGCAAGCUGGCCGCAACAAAGGCAAACGCUUCAGACGCAGAGACGACAGAGGCUGAGGUGAUGAGAGUAGGCGACAGUGGCAGGUCCUACAUCAAGCAGAGAGCAGAUAGGAGCUGGCUGGUGAGUCUCUCGUGAUGACUGAUGGAGCAAGAUGAGACGGAUUCGCGCUGACCCCUGACUGCUCGGAUCAGUGCAAAGAACCCGAUUGUGCAAAGACUUUUCGGCAAAGAAAACAUCUUCGCGCUCAUCUCUGGGCGGCGCACAGCGCUACGCCUCACCUUUCACCACACAUUUCCAAUUCUGGAUUCGCAGCCGACGCAGCUGAUGCCGUGGAUGUGGAUGGCAAGGUGCGCAAGCCUUUUCCAUGCAGACAUGAAGGCUGCCCAAGAGCCUACUUGACGGCGAAGCUCAGAGCAUCGCACGAAAAGAUACAUCAAAAGGGCAGAUACGUGUGCGUCUUGCCACAUGAGCCGGGCAAAGAGCUGCGGGACGAACAGAAUGAAGCAGAGCUUCAAGCAAACGGAUCUCUGGCCUUCAAUACUUGGAGCUCUCUGCAGAGACACAUCAAAGCUGUUCAUCCGCCAACAUGCCACUACGAAGCGUGCGGGAGGACAUUUGGCAGCGCCAAGCAGCUCAAAAAGCACUUGUCCAGGCACACACAGCUACCCAGACCUCAUCGCACCCUCGUCUCAGCUUCGGAAGCGGAGACGGACUCGAAAGCGAGCGUCAAGAGUGCGCGCGCUGCUGCUGCUGCUGCUGCUGCGGAUAUGGACGUUGAGGCCGAGACGAGCUGUCAAGAGGAAGUGUCGAGGGGCAUGUACGCUUGCACCUGGACCGACACUUUGCAGGCAGUCCCAACCACACGCAAAGGCUCCCAGAGGCGCAGCAAGAGGCUCGCAUGCAGACGGGUAUUCAGGAGUGCAAGAGCCAGGGACGACCACGUCAAGGUUUUCCACCUGGAGCAGCGAGACUUUGCCUGUGUGCCCGAGUGCGGGAAAAAGUUUGGAUACGCACAUCUGCUCAGUCGACAUCGCAAGAGGUGCAAGCAUGUGGUGCAAGGCGUGGUGGGCGAUGAUGGCGCUAGCACGAGCCGAACCAACGGCCAUCGUGCUCGAGCGAUCGGCUCGAGUACCAGCAGCGACGACGAGACCGAGAGAGAGGCUGAGAGGCAUGCCGCUAUAGGUCGACGUCACGUGUCCCCUUCGCAAUCCAACAUUAGCUCUUCCGCGAGCAGGACGACGGCAGACGAACGGGAUAUGAACAGCGAAGAAGAAGAUGCGUUUUUCCGACGCGAAGGAGGAGCAGUGCCCGAGUCGCACGCCGAAAGAGGUCGCGCGCCCGUCCGAAAAUCUCUGAUCGCCACGGGCGCGGGCGACGUGGGAAGAGAUAGCUGGCGGGCCAUUGUGGUUUCGCAGAGGAAGGAUGCUGGUGGGAGUGCUACUUCGGCGCAACUCGCACCUCGCGCUCUGGCUGGACUGCUUACUGGACAGGGAUACGAGCAAGGCUUUGAAGAUGCGCCGCGCAAUGUGGCCGUCUGGUCCGGCUCGACCAGUCGAAGUUUGCAAGCCAACAUCCGUGGCGUUGCGCGCGGUGGGAAGCGCAAGCGCGACGAGAGGGAGAGGGAGAGCGAAAAUGGAAGGGAUGAAGAGAUGAGCGAGAAGGGAGCAUUGGGUAUCGGCAUGCAUAGCAAGAAGCGCAUCAGAGGAAGGGUGCUUUGUUGUCCGUAUGAGGAAAUACGCAAAAUGCUCUCGGCUAGAGAAGCAGACGAUGACUCUGCGGGCGAAGAGGAUGGUGGAGGCGCUGCGGCGAUCAGCGCAGCAGAGCCUCGCGCGGGUCCGACGCGCACAAACUUUUCCAAUACCACGGCGCCUACCUCGCAAGGGUGCCAGUACAGAUUCUCGAGACUGUACGAUGUCAGCAGACAUCUGCUCGCUGCUCACGACUGUCUAGUGCCGGAUCGAGACAUUUUGCUGGCGCUGCCCAAAGAGAACAUCGAAAAGCUUCCCAUGCCUGAAAGUGGCCGGGGCGAAGUUUGA